CACGGACGGGGAGUUGGUGGGGGCCCGCGGCGGACCCAGUAGAUCGCGCCAGUUCGAACAGUGUGGAUGGCUUCAGAUCGCGCUCGAUGGGACAUCUCUUCGCUCUGGGACUGAUGUCGCUUCCUAAUGUCGGUGCUAUGGACUCCUCUCAGAGAGUAUUCCAUUGUUCAAAAUUUUCACAUGAUUAUUAUCAUCAAAACACCAAAAGUGACCCAAUAUUAUGCCAGAGGAAUCGGCUGCAUAAGUUGUUAUUUUUCGCUUGCAAUGCUCCACUCGCAGAGCAGAACGUGAUCUUAGCCGGUUCUCUUAUCUGA